AUGUGGAUGCUGCACAUGGCAUCGACCAGCGACCCAGGACAACCGACCACUCUCCGCUUCCGCUGCCACAUUUUAAAGCUUUCGAUAGACCGGACCGCGUGGGUGGACCUCUUGACAAGGCGAAUGCCGCGGCGCUUUCACAAAAGAGCGAGGUGUGACGCUUCGGGCUCACGCGAACACCAACCCGGGUGUAGCCACCAGGCGGCAGCAACAGCAGACGAUGCGGGGCCUCCGGACUAUUCGCUGAUGCAGGUUUGGGACAAGCGGUACCAGGACGGCGUGUCGGUGGAGUGGUACUGCGGCUUCGAGCACGUCCGGCCGCUCUUCGAGCGGUUCAUUCCCAAGGAGUCAAGCGUGCUGGAGGUCGGCUGCGGCGACAAGCCGCUGGCGUGGGACCUGAGAGACGCAGGCUACACCGGAAAGAUCACGAGCUUCGACUUUUCUCCCACCGUGAUUGAGCGGCUCUUGUUGGAAGCCCGGAGCUGCGACCGCAAGAGACUUGAUGCGGGUGUCGACUUUCAGGUUCUGGACGCUCGGGAUCUCCCGUUCGAGGACGGCUCGUUCGACCUCGUGGUGGACAAGGGGGCCGUGGACGCGAUGCUCUGCGACGACGCCGGCCAGGACAACGCAAGGAAGAUUUGUCUCGAAGCCGCGCGGGUCGUAGCCCCGGGAGGCUGGCUCGUGGUAGUGUCGCACGUUCACCCUUCCACCCCCGAGGGGAUGGUGCUCUUGUCGGAGGUUUUGGUGCCGGCGCUGCGGGAGUCUUCUUCCUCCUUGUCCUCCGCCGGGGAGGGCGGGGGGAGGGAGGGCAAGGAGGGAGAAUACGAAGAGGCGUAUGAAUACGAAGAGGUGUAUUCCUGGUCGGUAGAUGUCCACUGCGCCGACGUUGAUGAUGAUGACGAGGAGGACGAGGAAGAUAACGGUGCCGGAGGUGGCCGGGAAAGCGGCGACGGCGGAGGAGGGGAAGAGCGGCAUGGUCAUGGUCACGGAGACGGAGAUGAACAAAGCGCGAGCGGGCAAAGCGCGGGGCCGAGCGCGUACAUGGCACGGAAGGUACCGAGAAGACACACACGCUCGUCGGCGUCGGGAGAGCCGCAAGGCAUACCGGUCCGCAUACACGAGUACUAGCGUAGGUUUUCGGUUUCGGUGGUGGCGCGAGACAUCCGUCCUAGGAGUGGGUAGCUUUGGAGUGAUCAUUCGCCUGCGAGGCGAAACGAAAAGCAGCAUAUUGAUGUGACAUUUUCUUGGUUGUUUUCUUGGGUUCGUUUCUUUUUUCCUUUUUUCCCGGCAUUCUUUCCUCGUGCUGAUUCGUGGCACAGCAGUGGGGGUGGUUGUUGUGCCCAUUGGAGGUGCCUCGGCUGACGUUCGAGCGGUGUCGUCGUUAGGCGUUUCGAUUACACCGCCGAAAGUGUCUGAUAAGGCUUCAUUUGGGGAGACCCGAUCACUCAUCACUUUGGGCUCCAUGAUGGCACGCGUGAUAUCUGAAACCCGUGGGAAUUCAGUGAGGGUCUCGAGCGAUGUCUUCAAUAAGCACGUACGGUGUCGCAGUUAAUUUUUUUCGAUGAAUAGUAUGGUAUACUGCCAUAAUGAUUUGGAGCAGUAUGGAUUGCACGGCUUCCCGGUCUAAAGUUGUUCGGG